CUACUCUAGGGUACGUAGUAGUCCCUAUCCACCUCGUUUCUUCCGUUCUGAAGUCAUAAUUCUUUGUCAACUGUUUCCAUCCCACUCUCUCCUGGACGCGCGUGGAAAUACUCGAUAUCUUUCCUUCAGAAAUUCAUAUUCUUUAUUAGAGAGAUCCAGAUCUGUCUCUGAGCUCCAUCUCUCUCCUUCUCAAUUCAACAUAUAUUCCGAUUUAACACUGAACUGUGUAAAACCAUUCGCUCAGUUGUGCGCGCGUCGUGCGGAGAAAAAAUGGCGGGAGGAGGGGGCUGGCAAGUCGUCGUUUUGCUGCUUGUGUGCUCCGCAGUCCGUGUGAGGUCGGACGGGUCGGAUCACAAAUACAAGGUUGGUGAUCCGGUUCCGCUCUAUGCGAACAAGGUCGGGCCGUUUCACAACCCUAGUGAAACAUACCGAUACUUUGAUCUUCCCUUCUGUUCACCAGUUGAUGUGAAGGACAAAAGUGAAGCACUUGGUGAAGUGCUAAAUGGUGAUCGAUUGGUCAGUGCUCCUUACAAGCUUGACUUUUUAGUUGACAAAGAGUCUGAAGUCAUCUGUAAAAAGAAAUUAUCACAGAAAGAAGUUGCUGAGUUUCGAAGAGCUGUUGCAAAGGACUAUUAUUUCCAAAUGUAUUAUGAUGACUUGCCUAUAUGGGGUUUCCUGGGAAAGGUUGACAAGGAAGGAAAAGCCGACCCCAGCGAAUACAAAUAUUACCUAUUUCAGCAUCUCCAUUUCGAAAUAUUUUAUAACAAGGAUCGUGUUAUUGAGAUCAAUGCACGUACAGAUCCUAGUGCCCUUGUGGACCUUACUGAUGAUAAGGAAGUCGAUGUGGACUUCAUGUACUCAGCUAAAUGGAAGGAAACUAGUGUUCCUUUUGAGAAGAGGAUGGAGAAAUACUCCCAUUCUUCUUCACUUCCUCGGCACUUAGAGAUCCAUUGGUUUUCAAUAAUCAAUUCAUGUGUGACUGUUCUUCUUCUUACGGGUUUUCUCGCUACGAUUUUGAUGAGAGUGCUUAAAAACGAUUUUGUCAAGUAUGCCCAUGAUGAGGAGACAGCAGACGACCAAGAAGAAACUGGAUGGAAAUACAUUCAUGGUGAUGUUUUCAGGUUCCCAAAAUACAAAUCUUUGUUUGCUGCCGCCCUUGGAAGUGGCACACAACUCUUUACACUGGCAACUUUUAUAUUCAUGCUCGCUCUUGUUGGUGUAUUUUAUCCCUACAAUCGAGGAGCUCUUUUUACUGCACUGGUCGUGAUAUAUGCACUUACAUCCGGUAUUGCAGGCUAUACAGCAGCCUCUUUCUAUUGCCAGUUAGAGGGAACAAAUUGGGUCCGGAAUUUGUUAUUGACUGGAGGCUUGUUCUGUGGGCCGCUUUUUCUCACAUUUUGCUUUCUUAACACUGUUGCCAUUGCUUACCAUGCUACUGCAGCUCUUCCAUUCGGUACCAUUGUGGUGAUUUUCCUGAUAUGGGCUCUUGUGACAUCACCUUUAUUAGUCUUGGGAGGAAUAGCAGGGAAAAAUAGUAAGGCUGAGUUUCAAGCUCCGUGUCGUACCACAAAAUAUCCGAGAGAGAUCCCACCACUGCCUUGGUAUCGUGGGACUCUGCCACAGAUGGCCAUGGCAGGAUUUCUGCCAUUCAGUGCCAUUUAUAUUGAGCUUUACUAUAUCUUUGCCAGUGUCUGGGGUCACAGGAUUUACACCAUUUACAGUAUUUUGUUCAUAGUCUUCAUUAUCCUCUUGAUUGUCACUGCAUUUAUCACCGUGGCCCUGACAUAUUUCCAACUUGCUGCUGAAGAUCAUGAAUGGUGGUGGAGUGAAACAUACCGUUACUUUGACCUCCCAUUCUGUUCACCAGGUAAUGUGAAGGAUAAAAGUGAAGCUCUAGGUGAAGUGUUGAAUGGAGACCGUUUGGUCAGUGCUCCGUACAAGCUGGACUUUUUGGUUGACAAAGAGUCCGAAGUCAUCUGUAAGAAGCAGCUGUCAAAGAAAGAAGUUGCUGAGUUCCGAAGUGCCGUGUCAAAGGACUACUAUUUUCAAAUGUAUUAUGAUGACUUGCCGAUUUGGGGUUUCCUGGGAAAGGUUGACAAAGAAGGCAAAACAGACCCUAGCCAGUACAAGUAUUACCUAUUUAAGCACCUUCACUUUGAAAUCUUCUAUAACAAAGAUCGCGUGAUUGAGAUCAAUGCACGUACAGACCCCAGUGCCCUUGUAGACCUUACUGAUGAUAAGGAAGUUGAUGUGGAGUUUAUGUACUCAGUCAAAUGGAAGGAAACUAGCAUACCUUUUGAGAAGAGGAUGGAGAAGUACUCCCAUUCUUCCUCGCUUCCUCGUCACCUGGAGAUUCAUUGGUUCUCAAUUAUCAAUUCAUGUGUGACAGUUCUCCUUCUUACUGGAUUUCUUGCCACAAUUUUGAUGAGAGUACUCAAAAAUGAUUUUGUCAAGUACGCCCAUGAUGAGGAAGCUGCAGAUGACCAGGAAGAAACUGGGUGGAAAUACAUUCAUGGUGAUGUUUUCAGGUUCCCAAAAUACAAGUCUUUGUUUGCUGCUGCCCUUGGAAGUGGCACACAACUCUUUACCCUGGCAACUUUUAUAUUCUUACUUGCUCUUGUUGGUGUAUUUUAUCCCUACAACCGAGGAGCUCUCUUUACUGCACUGGUGGUCAUAUAUGCACUUACAUCUGGCAUUGCUGGAUAUACAGCUGCAUGUUUCUAUUGCCAGUUAGAGGGAACAAAUUGGGCUGAGUUUCAAGCUCCUUGUCGUACCACGAAAUAUCCAAGAGAGAUUCCCCCACUGCCUUGGUACCGUGGGGCCCUGCCUCAGAUGGCCAUGGCCGGAUUUUUGCCUUUCAGUGCCAUCUACAUUGAGCUUUACUAUAUAUUUGCCAGUGUCUGGGGUCACAGGAUUUACACCAUUUACAGUAUCUUAUUCAUAGUCUUCAUUAUUCUCUUGAUUGUCACCGCAUUUAUCACUGUGGCAUUGACGUAUUUCCAGCUUGCUGCCGAAGAUCAUGAAUGGUGGUGGAGGUCUUUCCUGUGUGGCGGAUCAACUGGAUUGUUUAUUUAUGGCUACUGCCUCUACUACUAUUACGCGCGAUCUGAUAUGUCAGGCUUCAUGCAGACCUCAUUUUUCUUUGGGUACAUGGCUUGUGUAUGCUAUGCUUUCUUCCUAAUGCUUGGAGCUGUAGGUUUUCGUGCUGCUUUGUUCUUUGUUCGCCAUAUAUACCGUUCGAUAAAGUGUGAAUGAGGACUCAGAUUAUCUGUAAUCAUCUUAAGAAAACUGGGGUCUAUGAGGAUUAGAUAUGGUAUUGGUCUGAGAGUAAAAUUUCUACUGAAGUUUCUUGUGGACUCAUUUGUUGAGAACCCAAGUAGUUAUUUUUUGUGUAGGACCUACAAAACUUAUAUAUCAAACAAAUAGGUGAAGUUUUGCUAUUUCUGUACUUUACCAAGUCUUCUAACAUUUUUCAUUAAAGGAUAUGCAUAAAGAGGCACGUUUUCUAUUUUGAUCAAGUGCAAUUUUUG